GGGAGGAGGAGACUCCGCGGCCCUCCCUCGGCCCUCCCGGCGGCGGCCGCAGCCAGCCCCGUGCCCGCCCCGCCCAGCCGCGGCGGGUCGGACGUCCGGAGCCCGUGGGUCCCCGGCCGAGGUCCGCGGAAGCGUGCCCACCCGGUGACCGCGAGAGCAGUGAGUAGCGGUGGCCAUCAUGCACAGCGGUAUCGUGUCCGCCCCGCGUCGCCCCUGAGUCUGGCCGCGAGUUCCAGCUCAGGGCCCGGAGCCUGCCCGUCCACGUGGCCACACCAUGAGCCACGGGCCGAGCCCCCGGCUGGCCGAGUCCCCGCAGCUGUCCAAGGGCAGCCUCCUGACCAUCCUGGGCAGCCCGUCGCCCGAGCGCAUGGGCCCUGCGGACUCGCUGCCGCCCACACCGCCCAGCGGCACGCCCUCGCCGGGGCCCCCGCCGGCGCUGCCCCUGCCGCCCGCGCCCGCGCUGCUGGCCGACGGGGACUGGGAGAGCCGCGAGGAGCUGCGGCUGCGGGAGCUGGAGGAGGCGCGGGCGCGGGCGGCGCAGAUGGAGAAGACCAUGCGCUGGUGGUCGGACUGCACGGCCAACUGGCGCGAGAAGUGGAGCAAGGUGCGCGCCGAGCGCAACCGCGCGCGCGAGGAGGUGCGCCAGCUGCGCCAGCGCCUCGACGCGCUCACCAAGGAGCUGGCGGGCGCGCGGCGGGAGCGCCAGGAGGCGCAGGGCGAGUGCGAGGCGCGGGGCCGCGAGCUGGCGCGGCUGCGGGGCGCCCGGGGCUCCGUGGACAGGACGCCCGACGGGCCCGAGCCGGAGCGGGAGCACGAGCCGGUGCGCGACGUCGGGGCGGAGAGGCCGCAGGGCAGCCAGGAGCUGGAGCUGGUGGAGAGCCUGCUGCGGAGCAGACCAGAGGAGCCUGAGGGAUGCUGGGAGGCACGCAGUGUGGGCGCCGGGGGCCCACGGGGCAGCUCGGGCCGCCAGGAACGCAGCCGGCUGCCGUGGGAGGACACAGCCACCAUCGAAGAGGAUGCGUCCAAGUUGACUGCCCUGCGGCUGCGGCUGGAUGAGUCCCAGAAGGUGCUGCUCAAGGAGCGAGAGGAUAAACUAGCACUGAGCAGGAACAUUGAGAAGCUGGAGGGUGAGCUCAGCCAGUGGAAGAUUAAGUACGAGGAGCUCAGCAAGACCAAGCAGGAGAUGCUCAAGCAGCUCAGCAUCCUGAAGGAGGCCCACCAGGAUGAGCUGGGCCGCAUGUCGGAAGACCUGGAGGACGAGCUGGGUGCGCGGUCCAGCAUGGACAGGAAGAUGGCUGAGCUGAGGGGUGAGAUGGAGCGGCUGCAGGCAGAGAACGCGGCCGAGUGGGGCCGCCGCGAGCGGCUGGAGACCGAGAAGCUGGGCCUGGAGCGGGAGAACAAGAAGCUGCGGGCACAGGUCGGGGACCUGGAGGAGGCGCUGGCCCGGCGGCGGCGGCAGACCGCCAGCGCGCUGGACUGCGACCUGCGGGCCAGCCAGGCCGCGCUCUUCGAGAAGAACAAGGAGCUGGCAGACCUGAAGCACGUGCAUGGCAAGCUGAAGAAGCAGUUCCAGGAGAAGGUGGCAGAGUUGGCACACGCCAACCGGCGGGUGGAGCAGCACGAGGCAGAGGUAAAGAAGCUGCGGCUGCGGGUGGAGGAGCUCAAGAAGGAGUUGGCCCAGGCUGAGGACGAGCUGGACGAGGCCCACAACCAGGCACGUAAGCUGCAGCGGUCGCUGGACGAGCAGACGGAGCAGAGCGAGAACCUGCAGGUGCAGCUGGAGCAUCUGCAGUCCAGGCUCCGCAGGCAGCAGCAGCACGCACCCCUCUUCGGGCAGAUCCGCAGCGCCCGCUUUGGCGCCGAGGAGGCUGGGGAUGGAGCCAGCGACCUGGACGAGGACGAGGACCUGCAGAUCCAGGUGGCCUAGCUUGUGGGGCUGCCCAGCUGACCGGCCGGCCGCUCGAACUGACGCGUCUGCCUGUGCUGGCUCUGGGAGCAGACCCCGCUCCCUGCCACGGACGGCGGCCUUCUCUCCCGCCGCGUGCACCCGUGGUCCCACCCUACCAGCGCCCUGUGGGAGGGAAGCCACGGCCUGUGUUUUAUAUGUAUAUUCUAUAUAUAUGCCCGCGGUCCUUGGACCCGUUUGAUUUCAUAAACACGGGAUCCCUCCAAGGCCCAGAUAGGCCUGCCACCCACCGGAGUCCUCCGUGCAGGGGGAAGGGGGGUGUCAAGGGAGGGUGGUGGGGUGCCACCCCAGGCUGCCUCUCUGGGUGUUGGGGGCUGGGCGGAAUCUGUUCAUAGUACGAUGUGAUAAACCCAGUCUUUUGUAAUAAAUGGAGUUCAGGUUCUUGGGGCGGAGUCCUGAGGCACAGUGUGGCAGAUGUGGGCAGGGGGUGUGGGGGACAGACCACAUCAGCCUGCACGUGGCACUGAACCUGAGCUCAGGAAUGUCAAGUGGCUUAAUAAAUGAACGAGUGUGAGAAAGAAUGAAUGAAUGAACAUCUGAGAUGCUGAAUGGUCUGGAAUCCGGCUCCUGUGAGGGGAGAAGAUAUGGUCCAUGUCUAAUCUAGAAAAGAGAAGACUUCAAUUCUGGCACCAUAUGGGUUCAAAUCUUUGCCCCUUACUGGCUGUGCAACCUUGAGGAACUUACUUGCCCUCUCUGAGCUUCAGUUUCUCCAUCUAUAAAUUAGGUGUCUCAGGGAGCCAUCAUGAGAACUAGUGGAGUUCACCUGGAGCUCAGUAAAGCUUAGUUAUUGUUGAAAUACUUGAAGGCUCGCCCUGGAGACGAGGGAUUUGCCAGCUGGGUUCUUCCACAAGGGAUGAGGUUCAGGUGACUGGGAGUUUCCCCAGAGGUAGGUGUGAACACAAUAAAUAAUCAAUCCUUUUAUCUUUCUUCUAGCCCUGCUCUAGGUAGUGAAAUUACAGGUAAUUUUCAUUUUAUUUUUGAUACUUUAAUGUCUAAACCACCUACAGCCGGCAGAUUUCUGUUCAAUCUGAUGGAAAUGGUCAUUAAAAACAAGAUUUCA